AUGGCAUCAGGCUUUCUUGAUCGAUGCAUAUCGCGCCUUCUACAUAGCCGAACUUCAAUUGCGAAGAAGAUCUGUGGCACAUUAGGUCCCAACGUCGUUCGAGUAGGUCGACAUCGACUCGUUAAAGGUCCCUGCCAUGAGGCCGAACUGGAAGCCUUACAAUUCGUCGCCAGAUCAACAUCUAUACCUAUACCCAGAGUUCAUCGGACAUAUAAAUACAAAGAUAGGCUCUACAUCGAAAUGGAAUAUGUUCAGGGUCAGACUCUCGCAGCUAUUAUUGAAGAGCUCGCGAAUUUUGUUGGCCAACUCCGGGGGCUGAAGCCACCGCAGGAUGGAAUCGUUGCAUCGGCAGAGUCGCAUUCCUGCCUGGAUUAUCGAAUCGGGAAUAGACCUGUUGGACCAUUCUCUACCUACGACGAGUUUCAUGCCUUCCUUCGAGGCAAUAUCCCAUUUGAUUCUAGUGAGCAGAUUUUUGGGCAGCAAGUAUCAAAAUGUCAUUCGCGCUCCUAUCGUACCCUCUUUUCUCACUCAGAUCUUGCUCAGCGUAACAUUAUAGUCAAGGAUGGUAGGAUUGUGGCUAUUAUAGACUGGGCAUUCAGCGGUUGGUAUCCUGAGUAUUGGGAGUAUACAAAGGCGCAUUAUGGCAUGAUGAACGUGCCAGACUGGUACUCGGAGUUCGAACGUGUUAUGCCUAAGUACGAUGACGAGUUGAAGGCUGAAUAUCUUCUCUGGGCUCUAUAUGAGGAGCCCGGGAAUCAAAAGCAUUGGCGCGUUCCCGGACCCGAAGGAGCAGUUGUUCAAUAG